AUGACAUUCUUGAUGACUGUAAUCAGCCAGCGCAAUCACUCUCCCCAGCGCAACCAUCCUCCCCAGUGCAAGCACCCUCCCCAGUGCAGGAAUUUACCAUACAUUCUUCACCAGAGAGAGAGGAAUGUUUCUGAGAAGGAUGCAAUUGAUGAGCCCAUGUCAUCUUUUUCACUUGAGAGUAAUGUUCCUGUGGAGGCUGCAGUUAAUGAGCCCAUGUUACCUUCUGCUCUUGAGGAAGAUGUUCAUUCAGAGCCUGUGGCUGAAGCGCCCAGACCACCUCCUAUACCUACACCUGCCUAUCAACGUAGAGGACCUUCCGAUCAACAAAGAUUUAGAUCCAGUUCAAAUUAUUUUAAUUUAUUGAAGAAAUUGCGAGAGUGGUCCAAUGAUUUGUCUAGAUUCUCACUCCCCCCAAAUUUUGAAAGGUCUUUGACUGUAAACAAGCAAUAUAACAACCGAUCUACUCCAUUGUCCUAUUUCCGGGAUAUGUUUCCAGAAAGUUCCAGAGAGUUGGUAAAUUUGAUUGUGAGAAACACAAAUAUCUAUGUAGCUUAUAAAUGCUCAAGACAUUGGAAAGAUACAACAUAUGAAGAAGUGAAUGCAUAUUUUGGGCUUAUGGUGUUGAUAUCAAUAAAAUCAAUACCUGAUAUAAAGAUGUACAACGAAACCUUUCAAAAAAACUGCUCCUCAUCUCAAAAUCAAUCCAUUGACGAGAGUAUGAUAAAAUUUAAAGGAAAAUCAUUUAUGAAACAAUACAUGCCUAAAAAACCGAUUAAACGAGGUUAUAAAUCUAAGGUGUCGUUGGGAUUCUAA